AUGGCUCUCCAUUCAACAAGAAAUCAAGCAGGACUCGAGAAAGUCACCAACCAAACACACAGGCACAUGAGAGGAGAGCAACAUCGAGGUCAGAACACUUUCUUUCCUGCGUCAGGGAACCCAACCCCACAAUUUAACACGAAUGCAAACCCUAAUGGGAUGCAUUUAUGGACACCACCAAUACCAAUUCAGGACGAGUCAAUGGGGAACUAUCCUGCUGCUGGAGCAGGAUUACCAUCCAUGGUAGAUCCUUAUACUCCACGAUUUCCUUUGGAACGAACACCUCAUAAUGAAACGAAUGUGACUGAUCAAUAUGGAGAGGGCAAGGAAUCCAAGAAAAGAGUACUUAAGGCUUGCGACUAUUGUAGAAAGAGAAAAGUUAAAUGUGGAGAUAUUAUCGCACAGACGGGCAAGUGUGCUAAUUGUACUAAAAAUGAUGUGGAAUGCACUUUUAAGUUUCAUUUACAAUUGGAAAGAAAAAAACGUUUGCAGAACGCAGUUUGGGAAUACGGUGACGAAAAUGGCAAUAGUGAUGAUGAAGAGGGCACGUACUUAAAGCUAUUGGAAGAACUGGAUACUUUAAGAAAGUCUGAAGCAUUUGUCAAUUCUAGGGUUAGUAGAAUGGAUAGGAAAUUUGUUAUCAUCAAGGAUAGAAUGGUUAAAUUGAGAGAAUCGUUUGAUGAAUACAUUAGAGAAAAUAAAACACAAUUUGUCAAUAAUAAACUUUUACCUCUUUCAAGGAAGAAAAAAUAUAAUACGGACAUUCUCAACACAAUGUCCAUUUAUUUAGCAAAGGGAAAAUUAUUCCCAUUAAUGGCCAAGGAUGAAUUCUUUCAACCACUUAAUGGUAUAUUUGAGAUAUCUUACAAAUGGUAUAUGCUUCAAAUGAAAAAAAUAAUUGAUUAUUCCUCUUUAACAAGUGAGAAUGAGCUUUGCGAAUCGUUAUUUGUACUCCCUGAAAGGGAAAAGACAAUGCGAUUGUUAGAAUACUGCCAUUCUCUGUCUUUACAUUCGAUAUCGUUAAAUAUGAAUUUAAAAGAUACAAUCGAAAUUGCUGAACGUUAUUUCAAUGACAAAGAUCAAUUAACCAUGUCGGAAUUAUUUUUAUUAAAUGUGUCUCUGUGUAAUGGGAUAGUCGGUUCUAGAUUAGUUUCCACUAAUGAAUGUAACGGGCUAAGAAAGGACAAUCAUUGCCCGCUAAAGGAGGAAGCCGCUAUUUUUGAAGCAAAGGCGCUACUUAACGCAAUGGCUUUAUAUCAUCAUGACUCUAAAAUGAGUGGUAAUUCUUCAAACUUAACAUCUUUAAAGGCGAUGUUAAUAUUGAUUGAUUACCUGUAUAAGAAUAUCAGCGCAGAAUUUGCCUUACCGAUACUUUCCACAGCAAUUGAUGUUGCUCUCAAUAUUGGCCUUCACGACAACUCCUACUAUGAGAAUAUGCAGCCUUACCUAGUCAGAAUAUCGUUAUCUAUCUGGCAAUAUUGCGUUUCUAUGGAUCUUUUGUUUUCAUUUAUCCUCUCUAGGAAUCCAAUAAUAAGGGAAGAAUACAUGGAUUCCAUAUCUGAUAAAAGUUUUGUAAAGAAGUUUAAUAAAUCCCUUUCAAAUGCCCCAACAUUAGCCCUCCCAAUAGAUACUACCGAUAAUAUGAAUGAAAUUAUGAAACAGAUGACCAAUAGACCCGAGGAUAUUUCAGACGUAAUAUCCUAUCAGUUAUCAAAAUUGACUCGCAUUACAUCAGAGAUACAGUCUAAAUGCUUUGCUACCAACAAGUCACCAACAUUACCCUUCGAUGAAAUGUUGAGCAUUGUUAAUGGGCUGGAUAUAUCUUUGAAAGACUGGGAAUCAAAUCUACCCCACUAUAUGAAAAUUGAUAAGUUUGAAAAAUAUUUAUCGUUACUACUAUUACAAUCAACAGAAAAAAAUACCGACCAACAAUUUAAGAUUUUCCGAACUCAGAUCCUUAUCUGUCAUAUCCAAUUGCUCAAAGUGCGACUUGAUGUCACUGCUUAUGCGUUGGCGGUGAUAAAAGAUAAUAAGAGUUUAACUUCAAAAUCUACAAGGCAUAAUGUUCCCAAAUUAGUAUUGGAUUAUGGAGACCAAUUGAAAAAAACAUGUGUUGAAAUGCUAACUUUUUUUCGAUCUAUCGAGUUUGAUUCCUACAUCUACAAGGAAAUCAUGUAUUAUCUUCAAUCUGGAAUAUUCCGCUUAUUAUUUGAAGUUAUUAAAAAUAUAGAUGAUCCUGACAAAUUGGAGACAUUAUACCUCAUUGAUUUAUUGCAAAGAACACAUGAACACUUGUUGGGGGAUAGAAAUGAAUUAUUAGUGUCUAGAAACAUGAAAUGGGUCACCGGAAUGAUAUUUUUCACAUUCUACUUGAAAUUGAUUAUUGCAUAUUUUGUUUCCAAGAAUCCAGAACUUGUAAAAACAUACAAUUUUAAUAUUAAGACAUAUGAAGAUUUAUUGGUGCUCUUACUGGACGUUUCAGGGGACAUCAGAGAUGAAGUCACCAAAAGUCUAAAGGAACUGACAGAUAAAAAAGAAAUACUAGAGGAAUCUAAUACAAACGAGGGCGUAUUCGUACCUGCGACGCCAGAAAUGAUAAAAGAAUUGCAAUCUUUCACGUCACCCAAUCCUGUUGAAAGUGAUGUUGAAAGAAACAGGAGCUAUGGUUAUUUAGAUCAUAUAGUCUUCUUUUAUGAUCGUGACUUUAGAUUUCUGAACCUAUUCAGAGAUAAUAACUGGGAUUCGUCCAUGAUUGUCUAA